GUGGGGGCGGAUCAGGAAAGAGAAGCGAUUGUUCAGCUCCAGCAGAGCUAGCUAAGUAAGACGCCAGCAAGCCCCUCUUCAGAGAUGGAGUGGAAGUUAGAAAGAUUCGCAGCCCGGAAGGUCAAGACGGAUGAAAGUGUGUUGUGGGUAAAUCUACGUCCUUCAGUCUCUCUCCGCACUCCCAUCACUAUUUUGUUGUUGCUAUCUUUUAUUUACUUUUUUUUACAUAUAUAUCCUGCAAAAUUUUAAUUUCAACACUCAGUAGAGUGAUCUGAAUGCUCAGUGCAUUAAGCACUGGCCAGCUUUGCAAUCCUACCCGUGUCUGCUCAGAAAUAAGUCUUAUUUGAAUUCAGUGGAGCUCCGUCUCUCUCUCUCCCCCCCCCCCCGCAAAUGAGGUUAGGAUUUCAGCCUUAAUUAAAACUUCACCUAUUAAGGGUGCAAUCUUAUGCACAUAAGAUUCGGGAGAAAUCUCUUGUUUAAUAUGGUGGGACUCAUUUCUGAACACACCCACAUUAGUUCAUGAUGUUAGGGGAAAACUAUAGUGGGACUGACUCCUGAGCAAACACACAUUAGAUCACUGUGUUAGAAAACCUUUGGAGGCCAAGACGGGGGAAAAUAAAGGUCAGUGCCUCUAAUUAUUAUUAUGAUGGGUCUGUUAGGGUGUAUGCGGCGCUCCUUAAAAAUAAGGACCAUCUAAUUCUAAUACAAUAAAUUGCAAGUUAUGGAAGGCUACACAGCCACACAGAAGUUCAUUCUCUUUCCCAAUCAAGAUGUGCUUCCAGAUUAGUUAGGAUGGGUAGUUUUGUUUUGUUUUUUUACAAAACCCUAUACAGAAAUGCUGUCCCCUGCACCAUGAGAUGUAGGGGAGGGUGUAUGCGAAAGGUCACUAGGCCUGGGCAAACACAGCACAUGGUUUGCUACAAGUCACUAAGAAUGUGAACUGGCAUCUGCAUAAUUCAGACCUGAUACCUAAAGGUUGAACAGCGUUAUUGUAACAUCUCUGUACGUUUGCUUUCUAGGAGAAAAUAAUGAGAACUCUGGGGACAAACCUCCAACAGACCAGAAACCUAAGUUUGCAGAUUCUGGCUAAGGUGAGUGUUUAUAAAACUGCAGAACUGCAAGCUUUUGAUUGUCUGCAACACUUUUGUGUCCUCUGGAAGAGAGUAUGGGAAAUGACAGGCAUUGUGUAGUGGUUCUUUCCUCCAGUAUAAGCUUACAUGGAUGUUCUAGGAGCCAAAACAGAUGAAUGUGUUAACAGUGUAUAAAUGUUGGUUGUGGCUAUUUACUGUUGGGAAGGUUUGGUGAUAGAAGCAGUGAUUUUUUCUGGGGGGAUGCAGGGGUAUGCACACCCCUAAACAUUUUGUGAAUCUUUGUACUUUUGUCCAUUUACUGUAUUUAUUUUCCCCGAUUUGAACUAUAAAGUGGUGAUUUUCUUGAGUCAAAAUGAGAGUACCCCUACACAUUCUUUUAGGAAAAAAAGCACUGGGUAGACGCAAUUCUGCAUUGUAAGUGAGACGGAGCAGACGCUGAACGUGAACACAGGAAUGUACCGCUUUGGCAGUGCAGUACUAGCUGGCUGUUUUGGAUACCUGUUGUUUUACAGCUGCUGGUUGCACUCCAUACUGUUGCAUUCCCAAACACGGCAAAUGUAGUGGGAGUGCGCCCCCUUGUGAACAUUACUGGGAUGCCCAGCUUUAAAAUUCCAGAUUUAUUGCCUUGGCUCUGCAGUCAGAAUCACUAAACCAUUCUUUAACUACUUUGACAAAAGGGUGGCUUUUAUUUUUAUAUUUUGGAUGUCUUACCCACUCUUUAUCAUAGGGUCCCAAGGCAGGUGGCAAUGAUAUAAAGGUAGUAAAAUAAGUUAAAAUGAUUCAGAAGAAAAUGGUGGGUUCUAAUCUAUCUAUCUAUAUACAUACACAGCACAGACGUAUAUAGCUGAAAGGCUGGGGCAAAGAGGUGUGUCGCCUGCAUAUGAAGAAAGCUAUACAACGAGGGUGCCCGUUGCACCUCUGCCCAGCUUCCCUGUUGUCGGAGUGACCCUGCUGUGAAGCUGUCUCUCUGUGUGUGUGGUGGAAUGGCAGUGUAUUGUUAGCUGGAUGAAUAUCUGAAAGCCACCAGCUGACAUUCAGCUGCCAGCCUACGGCACAUAUUGUGAUCAUCGGACAACCACAGGGGUUUGUAUAAUAAGACCUUCGAAAAUGUUCUGGCAUUAUUUGAGCACACUCAUUAGCUGCUUUGCAGAGUUCUGAAUGUCACAACAGUCUUCUUCAAGCAUAGUUGUUCAGAGCAACAGUAAAAUAAAGGAAUAAAGUGAUUUUUAUGAAUGGGUCUGGUCACCCUGAAGUGCUUGAGAGGUUCUGCAAACUAGGAUAUAUCUAAUCUUAAUGAAUGUAACUUACCCAACAUCAGUGACUGCAUUAAAAGUAAAUCCAUUUCCAUAUAUGCAGGGCACUGGACACCUAAUAUUGAUGCCCUCUACAAUAUUCCUUUCGUUAUCCCAUUUUGUUUUACUUCUGCACUGGGCAGCCAUAAAAAGGAUCUUGUAAGCAGCCAUUGCCAACCUGGUGCCCUCUAGCUGUUUCAAACUACAACUUCCAUUAGCUCCAGCCUCUGUGCUGGCUGGGUGUGAUGGGAGUUGCAGACUGAAACAGCUGGAAGGCACCAGGUUUACAAAGGCUGGUCUAAAAGCGUGCACUGUUUCUGAACAGCUGUUUAUUUGAACAAGAGAUGUUGUUUCAUGUAGCAUCUCUCAUCCUGGCAUAUCCAUUUGAUUCCGUUUGACCUCUUUCUCUCUGGGUGUGUGUGAUGGCUUGGCAGUGUACUAUUAGUUAGCUGUUGUACCUAUUCCAGCAACUAAAUACACUUCCAUAUCAUUGCAUGGCCAUGCGUCAUAGGCUAAAUGCUUUCCAUUUGUCUCUGAUGGAAGAGGAUCGUUAACGGCCACUGCUGCGGAAACCCACCAGUGCCUGCAGCGUUGUGAAAACUUGCAAUAAGAUAGUCUGUUUCUUAUCAAACUGUCGGUUUUUAUGAAUUUGUUCCCUGCUUUUUCCAACUCUGGCCAGUUGCUUAACUCAUCUCUUCCAGACUAGCUUGUCUGCUGAAGUGAAUAUAUUGCCAUAUGGUGAAAGGAAAUAAAGGAAUAACAGUAGAAAUAACAGUGAUAGCCAGGGUGGGGAACCUCAAGCUUGGGGGCCAAAUGUCACUCUCCAGGCCUCUCGGCUCCCCCAAGGCAGUGCUCCCUCCCCAGGCCUCACCCUUUAAUGGUCCUGCUCUGUGAUGUCCUUGAGUGUUUUGGCCCAGCUGGAAUGUGUCCUUGAAUUGCAAUUAUGCCUCUUGCUUGCCUGGGUGAAUUGCAUGUAGAAACCUCUGGCUUUUGCAUGGCUGGAAUAUAGCCUACUCUACCAAGAUUAAGAGGGACGCAGGUGGCACUGUGGGUUAAACCAAAGAGCCUAGGACUUGCCGAUCAGAAGGUCGGCGGUUCAAAUCCCCGCGAUGGGGUGAGCUCCCGUUGCUCGGUCCCUGCUCCUGCCAACCAAGCAGUUCGAAAGCACGUCAGAGUGCAAGUAGAUAAAUAGAUAUCCGCUCCGGCGGGAAGGUAAACGGCGUUUCCGUGCGCUGCUCUGGUUCGCCAGGAGCGGCUUAGUCAUGCUGGCCACAUGACCCGGAAGCUGUAUGCUGGCUCCCUCGGCCAGGGGUCCCUUUACCUUUACAAAGAUUAAGAGGCACACCUGUUGCUCCACCUACUGGCAUGCAUCCCCCAAAAGGCAAUGUUGUCCUCAAAUUGGGGAAAAGGUUUUCCAUCUCUGCGCUGUGGCUUUGGGAGUCCAACACAGGAGAUGGGGAUCUAGCCCCUGAGAUCCUCUGGCACAAAGAUAAGUCGCAUCCUUGGUAGAUUAAGCAGAUUUAAGACUGUCUCUCCUCAAUGCCAAGGGUGUUUGUAAGGAUCAAGGGAUUUCAGAAAAGUGGCAUUCAGAAGCAUCUGAAUGGCAAGAUGUCUGAUUCUACAAUGUAAUAUCCAAAGGGGAAACUUUUAGUCAGACUGUAUGCUAAAGACUUCUGGAGGACCCAUAUCACUGGGGUGUUCAAGUGUCUAUUACAAGAGAAGUCACUGCUGUUCUGAAAUUCUGCUUCUUCUGCAUGUGCAAAUUGUUCUCAGUCUGUAAUGGGAGUAUUUAUAACCAGCAAUGGUUACAUUCAUUCUUUGUUCCGCAAUCUAGUCUGCAUUACCCUUCACACAUGUACAAGAUAUGCAAGAGAGAUUCAAUGCACAUUUGAGCCUCAUGUUUAAACACCAAAGUUCACACAAUCUUCUCCACACAAUCUUUCACUGUGUGAGCCAACCCCACUGUACAACUCUGCACAGUGAGGUGUUGUGUAGUGUUCUUGUCUCCAUCGUUAUUAACUUUCAGGGGGAAUCCCUGUUUACCCAGGUAUCUGGUGGCUGAGGAACACUACUGUUCCUGGCAACCCCAAGAUCAUUGGUAGAGGAAUAUUUUUAACUGCUUUUAGAAUGUUUUAAACUGUAGCUGCUUUUAGAUUUUAUUUUAUUAAUAAUGCGUUAACUGUUUUAGAACAUUUCUGCUUUGCUUUUAAAUUGUGCCUCUGUUUGCCACUCUGGGCUCCUUCUGGGAGGAAGGUGGGAUAUCAAUUCAAUAAAUAAACAAAAAUAUUCCCACUUGACAUCUGCAAGCUCAAGCAACUUCAGAAGGAGUUCUGCUCACGUACCAAUGUAUGAAUACCAUACAAGGAGGACCUUCUCCCCUAUUGCCAGUCAGGAUUCUUCCUCAACUUGGGAAGAGCUUUAGACAUGUACAUCGGUACACCAACAUAACCCCUUCUGAUGAAGCGUGAACAUGGGGACAUCAGGGGAGUGUGGUGAUUCCAUAGCCACCUCCACACCUUCUUUCAUCAUGCUGAGGUUUGUGGGGGGUUUGUCAUAUAUUCCCCCUCUGAAUAGGCUAUUUCAGCAAGCAGGGUACAGUGGUACCUCGGGUUAAGAACCUAAUUUGUUCUGGAGGUCCGUUCUUAACCUGAAACCAUUCUUAACCUGAGGUAACACUUUAGCUAAUGGGGCCUCCCGCUGCCGCUGUGCGAUUUCUGUUCUCAUCCUGAGGUAAAGUUCUUAACCUGAGGUACUAUUUCUGGGUUAGUGGAGUCUGUAACCUGAGGUACCACUGUAUUAGGAUGUGAUACUGAGAAAUUGCUAACUUCAUCUGUUCAAACAGCAUGGGGUGAAAUGUUUGAACUGCUGAGUUUACCAAAAGCCCAAAUAAUCCUUAUCUAUGCAGGACAUCGCUGACAGCAAGCAGCACAGGAGACAAACAUCACAGGUGGAUGAUCAAUAUUUCCCAAUAACUGAGGUAUGGAUUCUUUUGUAUGGGACUCCCAAUAUGAACUGUAUCGGUAACCUACCAUUCUCCAUGCGAAAUAAAGUGGAGAAACAAUUAUUACACUUUUUAGGGUUGUUGUUUUUUUGUAGUAUACAGAGAAGAACUUACUAAUGGUUAAACUUGCUAUGCUCUUGCACUGGUAUUUAUGAAUGGCCUGCCAUGACCAUGGGAAGUGGAGGGGAGGGCAAGCAGGAUAUCUGUCAGCAAGGGACUGUGUUAAGGAAGCUUUUGACAUCAUGGCAACAGUUUCCCCAAAGUCAGCAUUUCUUACUGGACCUGUAGGGAGAAAGGGUGUCCAUUCAUUUGUAUAGGAUCUAGUAAAGGUUCCCUUUUGGAGUGACCACUGCAGUAGAAUCUGAACCUCCUCUCGUCAUUUGGGGCCCCCAAAUAUUGACCACCAAACUAGUUCCUGUCCAUGUGGCCCCCAGAAGAAUGUAAGAUGGAACUUUUGCAAAGCUAAACACUGACGGGUGCCCCACCUCUCUUUUCACCGGAAGUCCCGCCUCCUUUUAGGAUCGCAUUCCAUAAUUCUGUUUCUUGGUCGUACUACAGCAGUGAUGGGGAACUUUGAGUCAAAUCUGAUCCUUCAGGCCUAUCAGUCUGGUUCUGAGGAGUCUCCCCAGCUAGAAACCUCCCUCCCUCCGCAAAAACUACUUGGGCAAUUAUUCCUGUAAACUCUGGAGUUCUUCCAAGCCUGCUGAUACCUCCCUCUUGUAUGUGGAUAGUGGUGCUUUGGUUUCAUAAGUGUCCACACUCACAAGACUGAAUUUGCUAUUAGUAUGUAGGAAAAUUAUCACUUCCCUCUCCCCCCCCCCUUAAGCAGUAUGCUCCAGUUUACUCGAUAGUGCACUGUGCAAUAGAAAAUUAUUUUGGAAACCAGUGUAUAGAAGAGAACACCCCAAACAGACUUGGCUUAUUCUAUCUCUUUUUUAAAAAUAAAACUUCUUCAUAAAAACUAUUUACAUUUUUUUUUGUUAUCCCCCCCCCCCUUUCCACCUCACCCCACCCUCCAUGGAGCAUGCAUUUCCUGCUGUUGUUGAUAAAAUGCUAGAUUUUAUCAGCUUUAAACAGAACGAUUCAAUGGCAGGACAAUUUCUCACGCUGUACUUUCAUUAUUGGGUUAAAUAGUGUUACUUGAGUUAUUUGGCAAACGGUGUUUUAAGUAACCUGCUGGGAAAGAAAGAAUACCUUAUUUUGAUUCGUCUAGGACAGGGGUAGAGAACAUGUGGUCCUCCAGAUGGGACUACAAUUCCCAUUAUCCAUGACCAUGGGCCAGAUCCAGGGCUCAGUUGGGUGAAGUGCACAGCAUACCGAACCUUCUCUUUGCUCAGGUGGUUUAAGAGCUGCUCCUUAAACAGAAGAGUUUUCUGUCGAAAGCUACCAACAUUUUAUCCAGUAAGAAAAACCACUGCUUGUCCAGCUUUUACCAUUAUUAAGCAGGAAUGUACUAACGGCCGAGGAGAGAUGUUGCCCUGUGGAAUCCAAAAGGCACACCUGCUUUGUCAGAGGUCUUCUCUUUUUUUCAAAAUGAUCUGCCUAACCAGAGCAGCUAUAUCUGGCUUGAUGCUUUCUAUGGGCUCUUCGGGUCUCCAGAACUUCACGACUUUCCCAUCUGGGCUGAUGAGAUACUUCCAGAAAUUCCACCGAGGCAUAGCUUUGGAGGAAUCUGCAAGAACAAGACAAGAUUAGUUUGUAUUGCAAGCAGAAGGGGCGCCAUUCAGAUUUUUUUUUAAAUUAAAAACCAAAACCAAAACCCCUUUAUAAGAACAGAAGGAUGUUAGAAUCCUAGAACUGUAGGGUUGGGCUCCAAGGGUCAUCUAGCACAACCCCUUGCAAUGCAGGAAUCACAGCUAAAGAAUCCCUGACAGAUGACAGGAGACCCAGCUGCUGGCUCAGGCCAGUGGUCCAUCUUAGUCCAGCAUCCUGUUCUCACAGCGGCGCACCACUGCCGUUUUCAGAAACUGGUAUUCUGAAGCGUACUGCCUCCAAAAGAUGCGUCAAAGUGCCACUGAGAUCAAUAGGAAUGAUGUGCUUAGCUCCCACUGAUUCUCUGGACUGCCAAAUUCUUCCUCCUGAUGAAUUACAGUAAUAUGAAACUAGGCUCCUGGAGCUAAUCAUUAUUGCUGAUCAACACAUGAUCCAUAGCUGCCUUUCCACAUCUCUGCUCAUCUCUCCCCUUUGCUCAAUUCAGUGGGGUUAGGAUUUCAUCUUAAGGGCUAGAAUCUUGGUGGUGGUUUUAAAAAAACAAGAUUCUUGGGAAGCUGGGUUCUGUAUCCAGUACCACAUUUAGCAUGUUUUCCUGUCCACUUUCCCCCUGGAAGUAAUGUUGUACAUGCUUACCUAUUAGAAAUUGAAACGCUGGCGAUGCUUCACUUCCUAGAACCUUUAUUUUCUUGAAAAUGGGGAAAGUUACUCCAUAAUUUGAUUUUGCAAGAUAUUCAAUCCGCCGGCUUGUGUCUGGCUCCAUUUCCCCAUACUGAUUACAGGGGAAGGCUAGCACUGUGAAGUGGUAUGGUCCAAACUCCCUAUGCAGUUCCUGCAGCAUGAUGUAAUUUUUUUCUGUGUGCUGGCAGUAACUAGCCACGUUAACAACCAGAGACGCCUUCAGGGAGACAGAAAACAGGGCAGUGAGAAAGAAAGACGAUGAGAGACUGCUUAUGCCGAAGUUAACAAAAUGGCUUUACAUUCUGACCAUCUCAGCUAUUUAAAUGUAGGAAAAGUAUACAUGUUCAGCUAAGCUUCAAUUGCAGAAAAACAGCCAUCCAUCUAUUCAGCAUUGUUUUAGCCACUGGCUGCCACAAAGUAAACUUCUUCAAUUGCAGGAAGGAAAAUAUUAGUACCGGCGAUUACUGCUUAGGACUGUUCUCCCCUACUCUGGAGAAAUUGCAGGGAUUAUGUAAACCAUCAGCACGACUUCAAUUCACCGAAAUACAUUGGCUAGAUUAUUCCUAAUGUUUACAAAAUCCAAUUGUUCACAGUAACAGAUGCAUUUUUUUAAAAAAAGAAAUGGGACUAUUAAAAAGUCCAAGAAUCAAACUCAUCAAUUGUUUGCAUUUCACAAUAGUUAGCCACUGGAUUCUGCAGACGUUUGCAGCUUCUGUAAUGAAACAAGAGAAUCAUUUUGAUGACUUACAAAAAAACAGGCCUGUUAGAGCAGACCAAGAGGCCAGCUGGAUCAGACCCUCUGUCCACAACAACCAGAUGACUCUGGAAGGCUCACAAGCAGCACAGGAAGGCACCAGCCCCCCCCCCCCGUAGAUGCUAGAUCAGGAACGGGGAACCUGUAGUUCAACAGGUGUUGCUGAACUACAGCUUCCAUUUGACCUGAACGUUGGCCGUGCAGGUUGGGGCUAAUGGGAAUUCAAGUCUAACGGAUCCUGUUCUAGAUGUUCAUUGCAUCUGAUAUUAGGAGAAACUCUGCCGUUGAUGAAACUACUUUGUUGGAAGUUAGAACGUCUCCAUUUACACUAGCAAAUAUUAUAAUCUGUUUCUUGUACUCAGGAGACUUGGAUUCCCACUCCCAGUAUUCUUCUAACUGCUAAAAUAAAUCUACAUUCACAGUGUUGUUGUUUUUUACAACCAGCCUGCAUCUCAAAGGACAUAAAAUGUCAUUAUUAUGCACGGAGAAGACAAUAGCUCCAUGCAAAGAUUUCAGAAACAAAAUACGUGUCACUUACUUUGCCUCUGUAUUUCUCCAACGAAACGGUCCUGCCUUUCGGAUCCAUCACUUCAAAGGAAUAAAAGUCUUUGACUUUGGGCUUUAAGUACUUUAGUUGCAGCAGUCCCAGUAUGGCUGUGAACAAAACCAUAGAGAAGAAAAUGAUUAAAAUCCUGGUUUUCAGCCUCGAGCUUUUCAAAGGACACGCUGUCAGAGGCAGAGGCAGAGGCGGCUCCAUUUUGGAGGAUUUUGGGGGAAGUCUCAGCAGGCCUGGAAUGUGAAGGAGGAGCUGAAACACAAAACUCACAGCAGCUUGGAAAGGGAGGUGGAAGAGGGAGCCAGAAGGCAGGCCGUGUCCUGUCCCCCCCCCCCCAGCCCAGACUUUGCCUAAAGUUCUAGGCUGCGGGGUCUAGAAACUGGUCUAUUCUUUAUCUUUAGAAGAAAUUUAUUGACAGCAAGUCAGCAUUUUAGAUCCCCUUUUCCAUUUAAAUGCAAUGCUUUCUGUUUUACAAUUUGGCAACAAACCAUAUUUUCUUCUCGCUUUCCUUCUCCCCCACAUUUUUCUCCCAGACUGUCAUCUGAUUUAUGGUUAUGCAGGGGAUUAGAAUGUUGUUGUUGUUGUUGUUGUUGUUGUUGUUGUUGUUGUUGUUGUUGUUGUUGUUCUUCUUCUUCUUCUUCUUCUUCUUCUUCUUCUUCUUCUUCUUCUCUUGAUUGGUUUCAUUAGAAACCGGUCUACUCAUCUUGCAAAUGAACUAGUGGGCAUAAUCUGAUUCUCAGAAAUCGCUUUGUUAAUGUUAAUGAGAAUGUAUGUAAAGGACCUUGAACAGUUAGAAAGAGUAGGCUGGAUCCAGGGUAAACAAACAAGCACAGGCAUGUCUACUCAGAAGUAAGUCCCAUCAAGUUCAAAGAGGCUUAUCCCCAGGUUAGUAGAUACAGGAUUGCAACCAAUGUUAGUUGCACUUAAUUCCCACUGGGACAAAUAGGGCUUUUAUCCUGUCAGGCUUCACACAUUUAUUUCACUGAUACCUAAAUGCCGCUAACUCACAGCACAGUUUCUAUACCAGGCUAGUACCGUAAAUCCCUCUGAGUUAAAUUGGUCUUAUUUCCAGGUAAGUGCAGACUUACUCUGGAAGCAAUCUAUAAAUAAUAACAGCAACAACAAUAACUAUUGAAACAAUAUUUGACUGCACAAAACCUAAUCCAUUAAUUUAUAGUGUGUUUAAUAAAUAUAAGCAACUUUAAACUAUUAUGUAUCACCGUUCUUGUCACUUUACUGCUUUUUGUUUUAAACAGACUCCAGGCAAGACUUCCUAUUCACAUUUUAAAAGUUGCCUUGUGAAGAAACUGGCAUCUUCUCCAGUUGCUAGUAGCCCAAUUUCCUCAAGGUGGCAGCAGUCACGCAGCAGAAACCAAGUGGAGCAAAGUUUUGCAGAGAGUCCCUCUACCUCAGAUGAUGGGCCUGAUCUGAUGAAAAUCAUGUCAGUUCCAAGUCAGUGCACAGAGAUGAGUGAUUCCCUCAAAGUAAAGGGGUUAUUCUAGUCAUUAUUCCAUAACUCCAGAUUAAUAAAUGCAAAAAACUUGAAAAUGAUAUACAGGUGGUAUUUUAACACCUAAUAAACUAGCCAAGAUGUAGAAGACUAUAUCAAGUAAAUGCUGGAAAGGCAAACAGUCUGAAGGAUCAUUUUUUCAGUUGUGGUGGACUUGUAGAAAAGUGACAGGCUUUUGGGAAAUGAUACAUAAUGAAUAGAAGAAUAUGUUUAAAAUUGUGAUCCCCAAAAGUCUGAAGCAUUUCUUUUGUGAAUAAUAUGGUGCAGAGGUCCCAGAAAGUUGCUUAGAUUAUUUAUGUAUGCUACCACAGCAGGCAGAAUUCCAUAAGUGCAGAAAUGGAAAGAAGAAGAGGUUCCAACAAAAGAGGAAUGGUCUUUAAAACUAUUGGACUGUAUGAACAUGGCAAAACUGACAGCAAAAUGUUUGUGGAAGAGUGGAGAUCCUUUUCAGACUCUGAGAAAAUGCUAUAGUCAAAUGAAAUCGCAGGCAGGACUGCAAAUAGAAGCAAAGGAAUGAGAAUGAUAAAGGAAUGUAAUGUAGGAUAUAUGUUAUAGAAAUAAGUAUUACAUUUAAGGUGGUAGAUGAAGGAUUUGAACAGAAAUGUCAUGGAAGUAAGGAUGGGAAGUCAAAAUGUUAAGGGAAUGUUGCAUUGAAACCGAAUUGAAUUUGCUAAAUUGUAGGAAAAUAAAUAACAAUUUAUGGAUCAAACAA